AGUAAUUAUUGAUCUUAAGGUUUCUUUUUUCUUAUCUCUCCAUAGAUCUCAAGGCAUCAAGUCAAUGGCAGGAGGAAAGAAUAGCACAGCAGUAACCAGAUUCAUCCUUUUGGGAUUCUCAGAUUAUCCAAAACUCAAUAUUAUCCUCUUUGUGAUAUUCCUGGUGAUCUACCUCAUAACCUUAGUCUGGAACCUGAGCCUCAUCACCCUGAUCAGGAUCGACUCCCAUCUCCACACACCCAUGUAUUUCUUCCUCAGCAACCUUUCCUUUCUUGACAUCUGUUAUGUUUCCUCCACAUCCCCUAAGAUGCUCUCAGACUUUUUCAAGGAGAAGAAGACCAUCUCCUUUGGGGGCUGUGCUGCUCAGUACUUCAUUUUUUCUGGCAUGGGACUGACCGAAUGUUGCCUCCUGGCCGCCAUGGCAUAUGACCGUUAUGCCGCUAUCUGCAACCCGCUGCUUUACACGGCCAUCAUGUCUCCUACCCUCUGCAUGGGGAUGGUGGCUGGCUCAUACUUGGGUGGAUUCUUUGGUUCCUUGAUCCAACUGUGUUCUUUACUUCAACUCUAUUUCUGUGGGCCUGAUGUGAUUGACCAUUUUUUCUGUGAUCUGCCUCAGCUGCUGGCCCUGUCUUGUUCUGAUACCCUGGCCCUACAGAUCCUCAAGUUUGUGAUAGCCGUGAUCUUUGGGCUACUAUCUGUCCUUAUCAUUAUGGUUUCCUAUGGUCACAUUGUUGAGGCCAUCCUGAAGAUUAGCUCCACCCAAGGUCGUUCAAAGGCUUUCAAUACCUGUGCUUCUCAUCUGAUGGCAGUGACUCUGUUUUAUGGCUCUGGUUUGUCCGUUUACCUGCGGCCCAGUUCCAACGAUUCCUUCAGCAGUGACAAGGUGGCAUCUAUUUUCUAUACAAUGGUCAUUCCCAUGCUGAAUCCUCUGAUCUAUAGCCUGAGGAACAAAGAGAUCAAAGAAGCACUGAAGAGGUGGGAGAAGAGAGCAUUUGCCUAAGCACAUUUGGUUCUAGAAAGUCCAAUAUAUUGAAACACUGCUACCUUGGCUUAGAGGGCUGUGUGUGAAAAAUGGAAUCACAACUGUUGUGUCCCAUAUUUCCUACUGAUGGCCACUAAAAGGAUGUUGUUCCACCAUAAAGAAAUAGGAUUUGAGCAAUUUUGUUCUCUUCCCAGGGGUUACUUAAUCCCAGGGGAUGCUCAAGGGAAAUGCCAAGUUUUAUUUUCUAAAGAUUCCCACCUAUAUCUCCCAAUUCUGCCCAUUUUGUGGGUGGCAGUUUUAUUCAUUCGUGUGUCAACAGGUAUGGUCUGUGUGAUUUUGUUCAAUUAAUCUCUUAUA